UUUGUGCACUGGUGGAACUUAGUACAGAAAUAUCCCUCUUCAUUACAGGCAGGAUGGUCAGUCAUUUAGCUUUCCUGAAAAACAUGAAGCUUAAGCUGAGGACUCAGAACUUGUAUGUGCGCUGUGGGCUGGCUGAGUUCCUGGGCACCCUCAUUUUAAUUCUGUUUGGCUGCGGUUCUGUGGCCCAGAUGGAGCUGAGUGGUUUUGCCAAGGCUCAGUUUCUGAGUGUGAAUAUGGCAUUUGGCUUUGCAGUCACGGCUGGAGCUUAUGUAUGUGCUGGAGUCUCAGGUGCUCAUCUGAAUCCUGCUGUGUCCCUCGCCAUGUUCAUACUGAAGAAGCUGAGCUGGAAGCUGUUCCUGAUCUACUGUUUGGCACAGUUCCUCGGGGCUUUUAUUGGAGCCGCUCUGGUCUUUUCUCUGUAUUAUGAUGCCUUGCACGUGUACAGCAAUGGCAACUGGACUGUCUAUGGCCCCCAGUCGACAGCAGGGAUAUUUGCUUCCUACCCUUCAGAGCACCUCAGUGUCAUAAACGGCUUUACAGACCAGGUGAUUGCCACGGCAGCUCUGCUGAUCUGUAUAUUGGCCAUACUGGAUGAAGCCAACAACGCAGCACCCAGGGGCCUGCAGCCUUUUCUCAUUGGCAUUAUGGUGCUGCUGGUUGGGCUAGCAAUGGGGUUCAACUGCGGGUACCCCAUCAAUCCAGCUCGUGACCUUGCACCCCGCUUCUUCACUGCUAUUGCAGGCUGGGGGUCAGAAGUCUUCAGUGCUGGGGGCCACUGGUGGUGGGUGCCAGUUCUAGGACCUUUGGUAGGUGGGGUGGUUGGUGCGGUCAUCUAUGAAGUUUUCAUUGAAUUCCACCAUCCUUCUCCCAAUCAAAAGCAAGAAUCUGAGGAACCCACUGAAGGAAUCAAUCGUCCUCACUAUGAGCUGGUUCAGUCCUCUGCUUAAUGGUGGUUUCAGCUUCUACUUUGCCAUAAAACUCUGCUUUAAUGCAGACCAACAAUCUGUUAAGGUUCCUUGACUCUGACUGGGAAUCUGCUUCUUGAUUGGCUAUGUGUGCAAAAGGCAAGUCCUGUGCUUCACCAUAACCUGAAUAAUUCACCCCCCCCCCCCCAAACACCUAUAAAAUCUAUGUAAUGUGUAUAUAAAACCCUUUAAUGAAGCUAUUUAAUGUGUUGACUUUUAUUUAUUUAUAUUUUUAAAAUUUGAAUAAAGUAUUCUCCACUUGUA